AUGCCGGAGGUGAUCGAGAACCAGCGGUGGUACCCCAUCGUGGGCUGGACGGCGCGGCUGCACGCGGAGGACCCUCCCGCCUGGUGCACAGCUCAGCAGGAGGCCUGCCCCAGCAAGGACGAGCAGAAGGAGUUCGUCUGGGAGGUCUACAAGGGCGAAGACUACGACGAGGAGGGCUGGCUCUACGGGGAGAAGUUCCAGGACGCUCUGGGCCCCAUGACGCGCAAUAGCGUCGUCCGCAUUCGCGUGUGGAUGGGGCGCAAGGCGGACGAGCAGAAAGAAGCAGAAACCGCGGCCUCCGGAGCUGAUAAAUCGACUUCAGGGAGAGAAGAAGCCUCGGAGACGGCCGAGAGCAGCCCCGACUGGUCGACGCUCUUCCCGUCGAGCAAGAAGGGCGACGACAGUGAAGAGGUUAAGGAGGCCGAAGGGUCCUUAGCAACUGAGGCGAAGAUAGAUGCUGAUAAUGGAGAAGACGAGGCGAACACGCUCUUCCCGUUGGCUAAAGACGACAAGAAGGGGGACAACGUGCUGUUUACGUCGGUUGCAGCUGGAGAGGACAAGAAGAAGGAUUCUCCGAAGCGCGGAGAGCCUGCGAGGUCGUCGGGGUUCUUCGGUAGGAUCUCGUCGGCAGCGUUAUCGCUGCCGUCGUCGGCGAUUAACUUGGCGGGGUCGUCCUCGAAGCAGGCGGUGUAUGGCACGGUGCAGUCGAUUAAGGAAGCGUCGCUGUUCGGGCUGGAGAUGGCCCAGGCAGCGACUGCAGCCGCGAUUUCCUCGGAGCCGCUGCUUCCAGCCCACAGAGGACGGAGGCAGAGCAAUAAGGGGUCGACUAGAGACUCGGAUGAGGAGGGUGACGCAGAGGUGCUGUCCAUGCUGUCCAAGAGGUUCCCGGAUUUAUCACCAGUUGAGAGGUCUCUUGUGACGUGCUGCGAAGAUAACAUUCCCAAGUAUUUAUCACCUCCGGAGAUCAUCGAGUCGAAACACUGCAAGGAAUGCAACGUGGAGUUUGGCAUGACGAAGUUCCGGUAUCAGUGCGGCUACUGCUCCGAGUCUUUCUGUCGAGACGACUUGCCAGAGUCGGCGAUUAUCCGUGCGUAUGGCCACACGACUCCGUCGAAGCUGUGCAAGAAUUGCCACUACAUUUUGAUGGAGAAGAUAGACCAGCAGCUCGUGCAGUGGCGCAUUGAGCGUGUUAAAGAUUUCCUCGGUGAUAAACUCAUUGUGUACUUCAACACGGCCACCGACACAACCGUUGACAAGAUCAUGCGCGCUGCUGGAGGCACGCUCGUCGCGGCGAAGUCUGCACCGAUUGGUGCAGCGGCUAAGAUGGCUGUCGUGAGCGCUGAUUUCUUACGCAAAUACGGCCGGGCUGGCUUGAUUGGGUUUAUCCUGCGCAACGAGUUCAUGCAGUCCUUCUCGACGUUGAAAGGCUUACUGGGCGACUUGGAUGACCUUGGCUUUCAAGAUGCUGCGAUUGGCACAUAUUACUUCAUGGCGAUGAACCGCGGCGACCGUGGAGCAGAACCCGAAGGCGAAAAGCAAAGCCACAAUGGCUGCGAGCCAGUCUCCGAUGAUUUCCUCGCAAAGGUACUGAAGUACGCCCCGUUAGCGCUUCAUGGUAUCUACGAGCUGGACGUUCUAGAUAUUCAGCGUAUUAGCAGGCUACAAGGCUUCACGCUUAUCUACGCACACGUGCAAGACCAGGAUGUCCGACACCCUUCUUUCGCACUGCUUGGCAACAAGGAAAACAAGACCGCGCUCGUUUUGAUUCGAGGCUCCAAGUCCGUUCAAGAUGCGCUGACAGAUAUCCAGGCAUACCCCGAAGAGAUUGGUCUUUCGUCGGCAGGUGCGCCUCAAAGCGAGGCAACGGGUGGCUUUGUCGAUGCUUUUGCGCAUAAUGGCAUGCUCAAAGCGGUCAUGUGGAUUAAAGACCGUAUCGUCAAGUCGCUUCGGGUUCUGCACAACGAAGGCUACCACAUCGUGUUCGCUGGCCACUCGCUGGGUGCAGGUUGUGCCGCGUUGCUGUCAGUGAUGCUUCAAAAGGAAUUCGAGGAUCUGGAAUGCUUUGCGUACGCUAUCCCCGCUUGCGUGAACUUAACUGUGGCGGAGUCGUGUAAUGAUUUCGUGCAUUCGAUCGUGCUUCGUGACGACAUCGUGCCCCGUGCCAAGGCAUCAAACGUCCUCAAGCUGGUCGCCGAGCUCAAAAACUUCAAAGGCUGUUGGCGUGACACAGCGUCGGAGGAUCUGGAGGCCUUCAAGGAUCGAGCGAAGACGCUGUGGGCGCCGAGGAAGCGGGAGUGGGCUACCGAAGCCGCCGACCAGAGGAAGGGGAAGCUCGCAAACCGAGACAAACUGGCAGAGCAGAAGAAAGACCCCUCACCGGAAAACAAACUGACGCUGGCAGAGAAGAAGGCGCAGGAAGCGAGCAAGGACGAAGGUGUGUCGUCCUGGACGUUGACGCGGACGAACUUGAUUGACCAACUCGACAAAGCUGGAGAGAAAAGCGGUGAAGACAAGGCGCUCGAGCCCCCGGCCGAUACGCUCCACGAGGAAGAGAAAGUUGCAGCUGACUUGGCGACGACGCUCGUGGGAGACCCAAAGGAGCUGUAUAUUCCGGGCAAGGUGACGCACAUCUUCUUCUACAAGGGCAUCUACGAGGCCGUGCACGUCGACCGUAAGUGCGAAGAGCUGUCGCACAUCCCAGUGCAGCAGAACAUGCUGAGCGACCACCUUGGACGCAAUUAUUUAAGUGCGCUCCGCAUUGUGCGUGAUGCUCGUCGAGCGAAGCCAACGCUGCCCGAGUGGGUUCCGUUCAGCACGAAGACUCGCUGCAUGUGCUGCGACUCGCCCUUCACGUGGAACUCGACGUCCUCCAGCGAGGCGCAGCAGAACCGCGACCAGCACAACUGCCGACGCUGCGGCGCCCUCGUGUGCGAAGGCUGCUCCGAGAAGUUCAAGUCCAUCCCGGAGUUUGGCAUCAACGUGCCAGUUCGCGUCUGCGAUCGCUGCUACUACGAACUUUAG